UCAGCUGAUCGGUCAUUUCAUUUUACAAGAUGCGGAAAUGACAGUAUGCCCAAGUGCUAAUUUGGGUGCUAAUAUUAUAAAGAUGUUUAAGCUAUUGUUGCUGGGAGUUGUCAAGUAGACGUUGAUAUUUCGCUAAUAUUUUUCCAUCGAUCUCCAGCAUCAAUAUCUCAAUAGGAGCGCAAGUAAUCUUUGUAUGCACAGGCUUAUUGUUUGCAAAGUGAAAUGAAUGCCAACAAUACAGCAAGUUCACGUCGUGCUGCCGUACAGCUGUGUCAUAGAAGACUCCGUUGCAUUAUCAGAUCUUUUGGUAACUGAUCAUCAUCUAUCAUCAAAGAAAAUGUUUCGAAAUGCAAUCGUUUUUAUCUGUAUCAUCAACUAUGUGCAUCUCGGCGCAGCCCUUUACUGUUUGUCAGCCGAUGGAGAUAAUUUUCCCGAAUGUCACAUGUCAACAAGAACAGCAUACAGAUACAUCGCCAAUUAUAACGAUUCAGAAAUUAAGUAUCCAGGAUGUACAGAGAAAAAGAUAUGGUUGUUUUUACGUCAUGGGACGCGACAGCCUGCAAAAAAAGUCAUGGAAAGAAUGAACGAGGAGCUUCCAGCAUUGCGAGAUAAGAUAUUGCACCUUCAUCAGAAUGGACAGGCGAAAAUUUCGGUUGAAGCUCUCGAAGAGCUCGUUAAAUGGAAUCGUACUUUUGACAAAGCCGAUGCAACCAAACUAACAGAGGAAGGAGAGAGGGAACUCACCGACCUUGCCGAAAGAUUUCAGUCCCGCUUUCCCAUCUUGUUGCCAGAAGUAUACAGCAAUCGAACUUACAAAAUGAAAUAUACAGCAACACAAAGAACAGAAAAGAGCGCGGAAUCCUUUGCGCUAGGUUUAUUCGGUCGCCAGGCAUCCAAGAAAGUGUGGUAUCAUCCGUCUGAGAUUAAAGAUUCUAUACUUCGACCCUACAAACAUUGCAAACGUUGGCGAGAAGAUGUAAAAGAUAACAAAGUCUCAUAUGAGCAAGAGAAUUUGUUCAUUGGUGGUAAAGUUGUCAAAGACAUGUUAGACGAUUUAUCGAAGCGAUUAGGAUUUCCAAUUAAAUAUGGUGAUGUCGAUCUUAUGUACCACUCUUGUGGUUUUGAGACUGCAUGGAAUAGUAAUAAUAAAUCACCGUGGUGCAAGUUAUUAUCACUCGAUCAUUUGAAGGUGCUGGAAUAUACCGACGAUUUGGACAAUUUCUGGAUCGAUGGCUAUGGAUUUCCCAUCACAUACAAACAGAGUUGCCGCAGCCUCGUCGACGUAUUUCAAUUUUUUAAUUCUAAAGAAGAUGGUGUAGCAACGAUUUAUUUUGGGCAUUCCGGCAGCAUGUUGAAGCUGCUGUCUCUGUUGGGUCUAGCUAAGGAUGAGACUCCUUUGAGGCACGACUCAUUCGCCCAGCACCGGGACACCAGAGUGUGGAAAACAAGUCUCAUUGACGCAUUUGCGUCAAAUUUGGGAUUUAUAUUAUACGAAUGUGAGAAAGGGGCUCCUAGCAUUUUGGCUAUGCACCAAGAGAGGGUCAUACAAAUUCCAGGAUGUCCUCAGGGUUUGCCAUGUCCUAUUUCUACAUUCGAAUCGAUCUAUUCGGAAAUUAUACACGACUGUCGAUAUGAAGAAAUUUGUGGGCUUUAAGGUCAUUGCUGGCGAUGAAGGAAUUGUAAUUAUAAGGUGAUUUCAAUAAAACGACAAAUAUUGAUCAAUUUUACUAUCCCCUAGUAAUACAUUUUUACAGUUGAUUAUGCAUGUUCUGAUUUUUUCUCAAUCAUCUUUGACUUUAUUCGUUCAUUUUUGAUAAUUACUACAUUGCUGCCAGUCCUUAAAAGUGACUGAUGCAAUGGAAAUAACGUACUCUGAGGAAAAGAGAAUUGUUAUAACAAUUCAAUGUGUAAUCGAAUUCACGUUUCAAGGAUCAAAAUACAUACAAUUACUGCUCUGUCA